AUUUGCGGCAUUUGUGCUCUGACCAAAAACACGCUGACAUAAAUGCGAAACUUGUUCGAAACAAACCAUCGAUUAGAAUGCAGAAAAGCUCAAUUAAUAAUAAAAUGAAGGAUUCGAAGUGUAAGAAAGAUCGUGAUCUUGAAAUAGACAAUAUGAUUGAAAAUCUUCACAAGCCAAGGAUAGCCGAACAAUUUAGAAUACGUAAACUAGUUGAAGACCAGUUUUUGAAAAUCAAUGAGCAAGUUCAGAAGAAAAUACAGGAAAAUCUGGCAGAGAUGAAAGUUCCAAAGGAAAGAAGGGUGACGAAAACUAGACCAGGAACAAAAUCUGGGAGUCGGAAUGUUGAUGUCGAAAAUCCGUCUCCAAUUCUUCAUUUCCGUACUCCGGAACCAGUAAUAUCAGAUCCAGCUGAAUAUCCAAGAUUUGAAGUUAUAAAAGCUAGGAAACCUGCCCUUACAUUCCAUCCUCUCUCUUCUCCGCGACUCAUUCACAAAUCUGAAGUUAGCAAAGCUGCUGUAUAUGAAUAUAAGCAUAGAGAAGAGAGUAGGAAAUCCAGGGUUCUUACUUCUCAUUUACUACCUGGAGUUGAUAUUAGACCUACUCUUGUGAUAGAAAGUAUACCUGGACUCUGUAUCUCUGGGUCGAGUAGGAAACCAGUUUCUAAUAUUCAUGUUGAGUAUGUAAACAAAAUUCAGACAAACUCGUCCAGUUUCGAACCGAGUAAACUUGGAGUUGAGGAUGAAGACGAUCUUACUAUAACGGAGUCCACAACCUCGAGGUUUGAGAAGGUAGAGAGGUUGGUUGAGAAGGAUUCCCUUGAGGUCGAAAUAAAGAAGAAACUGCGAGAAAAAGUUCGUGAUAUUCUAAUAAAAAAAUACUGCCUGGACCUUGAUGAAUCUCCUGUUAAGAUGAUUCAAACUUCUCCAAGUUUAUCUUUCCAACCUGAAACUGUACCGUGUUCGGUUGUUCCUGGAGGUGAACCAUCAGCAAUAAUUUCAGCUUUAUUUAGAAAAUCUUCAGCAGUACGUUCAUCUUCUCCUUUAGUUGUAGCUUCUCCAGAUCUACUCUCCUCAGUACCUUUAAAUCAGGGUAUAACAACGAAAGCGCCAUCACCUUCAUCAAUACAAUCGGAACCUUCCUCUUCUCAUCCAAAUAUAGAAUCCAAUUUUGUUCACGAUGGGAGUAAAUCAGAUGAUGUGUCGGAGAAACAAUCGAAUCCACAAUAUUCCACCUCAUUCGAGGACGGAAGUGAUCAAGAGUCUAGUGAAUAUACUCCAGAGAAAGAAGAACCGGGACUAAUCGGGGAAGGAAAUAGUGUUGAAAAGUGUGAGAGAAGUAUAUCUAAGUCUGAAGAAGAAAUUUGUGAAAGAAUUGGGUUUCUUUCAACAAUACAGGAGGUUUCUAGCGUGCCAACAAGUCCACAGGUAGUUGAAGCCCUAGAGCAGGAUAACACUCUGGGAGGAGUCGAUGAAGGAAUAUUGGAGGAUGAAACUCGAAAUGAUAACUCUGGAUCAGAAACUUCAUAUUCUGAACCUGUUCAGAUUCAAGAUGAGAAUACUGAGCAAAGGUUCGAAUUGGACACUCAACCUGAGUUACAAGGUUCAGAAGACGAAACAAAUAAUAUUAUUGAGGCUGUAGAAGAGGAACAGAUAUUUAAAGAACAAGAUAGUCCAGAAGAGAAGGCUGGAGAGAUUCCGUUAGAACUGGACUCUGAUUCCGUCGGAGCUAAGAACAUCCUCAAGUUUACAUUAGAAAGUAACGAUGAAGAGGUGGAACGAGAAGAUCAGGAGGUAGAGGUACAAAAAAUGGAAAAUCAAGAGGUAGGUCAGGUGAGGGAAAGAGAUAAAGCGGAGAAGGGACAGGUGAAAAUCAAAGAUCAUAAAACGGGACUAAUGCUGAUAGGACAAAUGCAAGAAAAAGAAGAUCAAGAGGAGGGACAGGUUAAGGAAAUAGAAGAUCAGGCGAAGGAAAGCGAAGAUCAAAAUCAAGUGCAGGAAAUAAUGGAUCAAAAUCUUCAAACCAAUAGAGAAUACGUGAUUAAUUGUAAUCAAGAACCAGGCGAUAUAGAGAUAAGAGUAGAAUCUGGAUUAAAUGGUUUAGCAUCCACCGACGAUCAAGAACUUUCGGAUUUGAUUAAUUAUGAAAACUCUGAUAUUGAAAUAAAUGUAUUGCCCGGAAACAACAGCUUGACUUCCUCCCCUUUAAACCUCUUAAAUGCUACAGGGGAAAAUGAGAAAUCAAUUUCUUCUUUGAAGCAAAUUGAAUGGAAUUCAGUACCUCCAUAUGGUGCUGAUCUGUUGUAUUCGGUACCUGGAGUAACCAAACCAGCUCAUGACAAACAAAACUCGGAAUCGGAAAGGUUAGUCAGAGACAUUCUUGAAAAAGACGUUCUUACUUUUGUAAUUAAUCCUAUUACUCAAUCUGAAAAUAAACCAAAUUUUGUUGGGAAUGUAACUGUGAAGGAUGAAUCUAUAACUAUUGGUGAUAAAAUUGUUGAUCUCAAUAUUAGCUGUGGACCUCUUAGCUCUGACGAGGACCAGGCGCCGAGUAUCGAAAACUAUUCAUCUUUAUGUCUACACGGAGAAGGUUUAGAUCCGCCUAGCUCAACUUUUAACAGUUUAGAUCUGAACAUCUCUCCGGGAGAAAUCAUUGCCGAGAUUCAUCCUAAUAAAUCUGAAGGCGAGGUUACGAUGCCCUGCUCUGAACCUACAGAAACCCCGGUACUGGACAGUUUACACCACGAUCUCUCCCUCCUCAGCGACUCGGAGCCAAGUAUGAGGAGCGGUAGAAGCAAUCAAGCUCUCCUCUCAAGCUUGAGUGAGGGAGAGUGGCGAGCAAGUCCUCGUCAGCUUCAAAGGUUGGCGAAUAUGGCGUCAUCGUUCAGGAUUAUAUAGUGUUAAAUGAUGAAAUCUAAGUUGCUUGAGAAAAUCGAGAUGUAUCCGAAGAAUUAUAAGACAAAAACAAAUUAAAGAGAAAAAUAUUCACGAGUUUUUAAUAUUUUUUCAAUCUUUUGGCUGUUUUCUUAACAUUCACUUCAAUUAUAGAAAGGCAAUGAUUUUAUGAUGAAUUAUUUUACAGACUUGAAGAAAAUCCAACUGCAAUUUUUUGUAGUAUAACUGAGUAAAAUAUUUUUGUGAUGCCAAUAUUAAGGUUCAUAUUGACAAUAACUUAUGCUAGUAGUUUACCGUGCUACCUACAAAGCGACCUGAAUAUACUCAACACAUGUCCGAGAAACUAAGAUGAUUAAUUGAAUGUGAUAAUUAGUAUGAAAUUUUGUAUAUUACAGA